AUGCAGAAGAGCGUGCGCUACAACGAGGGGCACGCGCUCUACCUGGCGCUGCUCGCCCGCAAGGAGGGCACCAAGCGCGGCUACCUCAGCAAGAAGACGGCCGAGACGAACCGCUGGCACGAGAAGUGGUUCGCGCUCUACCAGAACGUGCUCUUCUACUUCGAGAGCGAGCAGAGCGCCCGGCCCGCCGGCAUGUACAUGCUGGAGGGCUGCAGCUGCGAGCGGGUGCCGGCCCCCAAGGGCGCCGCCGCCGGCAGCGCCAAGGACGCCGCCGCGCUGGACAAGCAGCACUAUUUUACUGUUCUUUUUGGCCAUGAAGGGCAGAAGCCACUGGAGCUCCGUUGUGAGGAUGAAGUUGAUGGAGAUGAAUGGGUAGAAGCUAUCCACCAAGCKAGUUACUCAGAUAUUCUGAUUGAAAGGGAGGUGUUAAUGCAGAAGUAUAUUCACCUUGUCCAGAUUGUGGAGACUGAGAAGAUUGCAGCCAACCAACUUCGACAUCAACUUGAAGAUCAAGACACGGAAAUUGAAAGACUUAAAUCUGAGAUUGUAGCUCUCAAUAAAACAAAAGAACGAAUGCGACCUUAUCAAGGCAACCAGGAAGAUGAGGAUCCAGAUAUUAAAAAAAUUAAAAAGGUUCAGAGCUUUAUGCGGGGCUGGUUAUGUAGAAGAAAAUGGAAGACAAUUGUCCAGGAUUAUAUUUGUUCUCCCCACGCAGAAAGUAUGAGAAAAAGGAACCAGAUAGUUUUUAACAUGGUUGARGCUGAAUCUGAAUAUGUGCAUCAACUUUAUGUUCUUGUGAACUGUUUUCUGAGGCCCUUAAGAAUGGCUGCAAGUUCAAAGAAGCCACCUAUCCGUCAUGAUGAUGUUAGUAGCAUUUUCCUUAACAGUGAAACAAUCAUGUUUCUUCAUGAAAUAUUUCACCAAGGUUUAAAAGCAAGAAUAGCUAAUUGGCCUACCUUAAUUUUAGCUGACUUAUUUGACAUUCUGCUGCCAAUGCUGAACAUAUAUCAAGAAUUUGUUCGGAAUCAUCAGUAUAGUCUGCAAGUGCUGGCAAACUGUAAGCAAAACAGAGAUUUUGACAAACUCUUGAAGCAAUAUGAAGCCAACCCAGCAUGUGAGGGGCGAAUGUUGGAAACUUUCCUUACCUACCCGAUGUUUCAGAUCCCUAGGUAUAUUAUAACACUUCAUGAACUUCUGGCUCACACACCACAUGAACAUGUUGAGCGAAAAAGCCUAGAAUUUGCUAAAUCUAAACUAGAAGAACUUUCAAGGGUGAUGCACGAUGAAGUGAGUGACACAGAAAACAUCCGGAAGAAUCUAGCCAUAGAAAGAAUGAUAGUAGAAGGCUGUGAUAUAUUGCUGGAUACCAGCCAAACCUUUAUACGCCAAGGUUCCCUUAUUCAAGUCCCUUCAGUUGAGAGGGGAAAACUUAGUAAAGUUCGCCUGGGAUCACUCUCUUUGAAAAAAGAAGGAGAAAGGCAGUGCUUCUUAUUUACAAAACACUUCUUAAUUUGUACUAGAAGUUCUGGAGGAAAACUGCAUCUGUUGAAGACAGGAGGUGUGCUGUCUUUAAUAGAGUGCACGCUGAUUGAGGAGACAGAAGCAAGUGAUGAUGAUUCAAAAGGUUCUGGGCAGGUGUUUGGACACCUUGACUUCAAGCUUGUAGUUGAACCUACAGAUGCUCCUCCAUUUACUGUUGUCCUUUUAGCCCCUUCACGACAGGAGAAAGCUGCAUGGACAAGUGAUAUAAGCCAGUGCAUUGAUAAUAUUAGGUGCAAUGGUUUAAUGACCAUAGUGUUUGAAGAAAACUCUAAAGUCACUGUGCCACAUAUGAUCAAAUCUGAUGCGCGCCUUCACAGAGAUGACAUUGAUAUCUGCUUUAGCAAAACGCUGAAUUCCUGCAAAGUUCCCCAGAUUCGUUAUGCCAGCGUGGAGCGCCUUUUGGAGAGGCUGACAGACCUGCGAUUUCUAAGUAUUGAUUUCCUGAACACCUUCCUGCAUACCUACCGUAUAUUUACUACUGCCGCAGUCGUACUGGAAAAGCUGUCCGACAUAUACCGCAGGCCUUUCACCUCCAUUCCAGUCAGGUCUUUGGAGUUAUUUUUUGCUACUAGUCAAAACAAUAGAGGAGAGUACCUCGCUGAUGGGAAGUCACCGCAUCUUUGUCGCAAGUUUUCUUCUCCUCCCCCGUUGUCCCUCUCCAGAACUUCCUCACCCGUCCGAACACGGAAAUUGUCACUGACCUCACCCCUGAAUUCAAGGAUAGGUGCCCUUGAUCUUUCUGCCACCUCCGUUGCAAGCAGUCCUACCUCAGCCUACAGCCCGGCCACCUCCCCUCCUCCAACGAGCAGCAAAGUGCCACUGGACCUCAGCAAAGGGCCCUCGUCGCCCGAGCAGAGCCCCGGCUCCAUAGAGGACGGCCUGGAGAACCCUCGCAUUGACCUCUGCAACAAGCUGAGGAGAAGCAUUCGGAGAGCAGGAGUUUUGGAAUCRGUGUCAGUGGACAGGACAAUUCCUGAAAGCACCUCAGCAGCGGAUACCCCGGAGCUUUCCCCAUGCAGAUCCCCAUCGACACCACGGCAUCUUCGCUACCGGCAGUCGGGAGUACAAACUGCUGACAACAGCCACUGCUCUGUUUCUCCUGCUUCUGCUUUUGCAAUUGCUACAGCUGCAGCAGGGCAUGGGAGCCCACCAGGAUUUAACAACUCUGAACGCAUGUGUGACAAAGAGUUCAUCAUCCGCAGAGCAGCCACUAACCGUGUCCUGAACGUCCUGCGGCACUGGGUCUCSAAGCACUCGCAGGAUUUUGACUUCAACAAUGAGCUGAAAAUGAAUGUGUUAAAUUUGCUGGAGGAAGUUUUGAGAGACCCGGACCUUCUACCACAAGAAAGGAAAGCUACCGCAAAUAUUUUGAGGGCCCUUUCUCAGGAUGAUCAAGAUGAUACUCACUUAAGAAUAGAGGAUAUCAUUCAGAUGUCAGAAUGUCCCAAACCAGAAUGCUUUGAGACUUUGUCAGCCAUGGAGCUUGCAGAGCAAAUAACUCUUUUAGAUCACAUAGUUUUCAGAAGCAUACCCUAUGAAGAGUUUCUUGGUCAAGGCUGGAUGAAACUGGAUAAAAAUGAGAGAACACCCUAUAUUAUGAAAACUAGUCAACAUUUUAAYGAUAUGAGUAACCUUGUUGCCUCUCAAAUCAUGAAUUAUGCCGAUGUCAGCUCCCGGGCUAACUCCAUUGAGAAGUGGGUAGCAGUAGCAGAUAUUUGUAGAUGUAUGCACAAUUAUAACGGUGUGUUAGAAAUCACGUCGGCCUUGAACAGAAGUGCAAUCUACAGACUGAAGAAAACGUGGGCUAAAGUAUCCAAGCAGACAAAAGCUCUCAUGGACAAGCUUCAGAAGACUGUAUCCUCUGAAGGAAGAUUUAAAAAUCUUAGAGAAACACUGAAAAAUUGUAACCCACCUGCAGUUCCCUACCUUGGAAUGUACUUGACAGAUCUAGCAUUUAUUGAGGAAGGAACACCAAACUUCACUGAAGAAGGCCUUGUCAAUUUUUCCAAAAUGAGAAUGAUCUCACAUAUUAUCAGGGAAAUACGCCAGUUCCAGCAGACCUCCUACCGCAUAGAGUAUCAGCAGAAGGUCACUCACUAUUUACUUGACAAGACUCUCAUCAUAGAUGAAGAUACUUUGUAUGAACUCUCCCUAAAGAUUGAACCCAGACUCCCUGCCUGAAGAGCCAGCUUUGCCUCAGAGUCUACAGAAAGCUUUAGAAUAAUGAACAGAGUUAUGCAUGCCAAGACCUAAAGACAGCAAGGGAAAAAUUGAGAAGAAUGCGAGCUCUCUUUUCCGAUGAGAGACACAGAGCCUCACAGCAUUACCCUCUCAGGCAAGGAAAACCAGCUUUUGGAGGUGGAAGAUAAAGAUGCUUCGUGUCUGGGUUAAGUGAUUGCUGCUUUGCAGUGAUAGCGUUUUGCCAUAGGGAGUAUGCAUCUAAUUGAAAACAGGAGGCUUUCAUGUGCACAGGUACUCAUUGUAGUCCUCUUAAUGGGACAAAUUAAGGGGACAAAUGUAAAAGGUAGUAUCAUAUUCAGUUCUGUUCAGAUGAAUGGGCAAAAUGAGGUGGCACUGAUGUGGCUUGAGUUGAUUGCUAACUAGGCAUUCACUGAGGCAGUAGUGAUAGGGGUGUCCUCAAAUCAUGUUAUAAUUGCUGGAAAAAUAGGAUCUUGAGAGUCAUCUGUUAGUC